AUGCAUCCAGUUCGCAAACGAUCCUCGAUCUAUCAAGACGUCGAUUUGACCUACACGGUGAGUACAGAUGUCAGAAAGACAUGGGAAUUGGGCAUCACCUGAAUCGAGAUGUUUGGUUCGUUUUUGGCAGGCCAUCAAUCAAGAGAAACAGAGUCCCGGCAUGCAUCAGAUUGGCCGACGAUUCACCUCGUUCUCCAGUGCCCCUAAAACUAGAAUCUGAAUUCCACUCAAAUCGAGCUUUCCUACGUCAUAGAGUUGCUCAAACACAAUUCACAAUUAUACGUUCAUUCAAAUGUCAGCAAUUUCGUCAGACUUGUCAGUGACUUCGUGACCAGUGACAACAUUUUGUUGCCAAGAGCCUCGUUAUCUCGUUCAAAUAUGUCCUUUUUUGCAAAAGAAUUUCUAACAACGGCGGUCGUCGACCAGUCGUAGAAAAACGUCUUCUUUUCUUGUUUGGGACAUGUUUUCACCCGAACAAGCAAGCGACGGAAAAGGAUUGGGUGCACAGAUUCUUCACACAUAGCUAACCAAAAACUGAGGGCAAGCCCGUGGUUUCGGGUAUCCGAGCCCGUCUCCUACCCUGGAUUCCCUAUUAAUUAAGUUUUCUGUCGGUUUUUUAGGUUACGUAUGUCUGUGAAUAAGUUAGCUCCCUUUGUUCUUUGAAAGUGCAAGCUGGGUUGGAUGGAUUGGCGCUGCAAUUAAUUGCCUGCUCUUUCUUACUCUUUUUUUCCAGCGGCUUCUUUAUUCAAGAAAACGUUCAUUUCGAUCCUUUCAAAGACAAAUUACUUCUUUCUUGGUUUUUGAACCGAGCAAGAACGAUUUCUUAAAUGCCUCGGUUACGUCUGUGAAUCACAUACGAAUUGUAAGGAUACAACAUGUGAUUCUCACAUCUCAUGUCCUAUGUCAUCGAUGAAAGACAAAAUGACGUUUUGACGGUUCACUUCAAAACGCGCGUUUUUUUGAAGUCAGACACUUUAUUGCCGAGGCUCCGUUUUGUGGCGCACACUGCACUCCAGACGAGAAGGAGUUCAAUUACUCCGCAAAUUGUGUCCGUCGGAAGAAAACAAUCUUAUUUUCAUUCGGUCUCAGUAGUCUAGUAUUGAGGGGUUAUAAUACCAUUUCGACUUUUCAGUCAUUUCAACACAUUUUCAUUCUCUGACAGCAGAGAAUCACCUUAUUCACAACACUUUUUCUCGGAAAAUAAGAAAAUGAGUCAAUUUUAAAAGCACUUAAAAGUGCUUAUUUUCAGUAAUUUUUGUACAUUUUCGAUCAAUUUUUUGCUUGGAUGUUGAUUUCAUUUUCUAUUUCUCAUUUUCGUGCUUAAAUGCUCGAAAAUGUAUCACUUCCUCACUUUUUACAAAAUUGAUGGAUGUCGAUUUUAUUCAAUAAGUGGUAUUCAGAUAAAGAUUUAAAAAAAUGACUAAUAAAUGACGAAGCUUGAUAAAAAUCUGAAACCUCUUCUCAAUACUAUACUACUGGUCUCACAGAUGUUUUACCUGCCCUAGUCUCCCUCCAGUUUCGCAACUUCCAACUUGGAUAAUCUUGUUCAUUAGAUUUAUCUCGGUGCUUUCUCACUCUUUUCCGUUGCUCUCUCCCUUUCCCCGCAAAAAAAAACCGGCAAGACUUCAGAUUUUUGGUUUUUUUCAAAUUUUUCGACUUGGUAAACUUUGGCACCUUCUUCGCUCAAAAAUCUUCGAGUGCAAGAAGGCGAAACCUCACGCAUGGACUGCGAAAAAGAAGCAGAAAUAAGAUAAAACAUGCGGGGAAAGAGAGAGAGAGAGAGAGAGAGAGAGAGUCCUUCUCCUUUCUCGUCUCAAAUUUAAAUCGCAUCGUCCUUUUUCAAUAGAUGUGACCCCGGCGGAGACUUUCUCAUUACGUGUUUUGCCUCGCACCCUUUUCCCCUCAAAAAUUUGUCUGCACUCGACUCCCACACCCGCUCCGGAAAAGUCAGCCUCGAGCUCUUUUUUAUUCGUGGUGAAAAGCUUCGGUUUGAAAAGCGCCCUACAGCCGGUCUCCUUCUCUCCAAUUUGGGGCGGCUCCUCAGAUUGCUCCGGGCGCCCUCAUUGUUCUGAGCCACCUAGAUAUCUGCCCCGCCCUCUCCGUGCACUAUCUUCUUAUUCAUUUAAACUCGAACCGCUGUCAGUCUUUACCAUUUCUCAGCCAUGCCAUACCGAUCUGACGAUGUCUCAGCGAAAAGCAAGCAUCGUUCUGAAAUGCUUGACCUAGAUGUCGACUCUAUCAUUACUUUCAAGGUAUUCAAGGACAGAAAUCAACAGAGACUCGCCCAGUUGUUUUUUGUUUGAGAACCGAAGUUUAUUCUUCAGGUAAUGCUGCUCGGAGACAGUUGCACUGGCAAGACAUGUCUCCUGAUCCGCUACAAAGACGGAGCUUUCCUCAACAACAACUUCAUCUCAACCGUGGGAAUUGAUUACAGAGUGAGUGGGCUAUCUUUUCUGUCUCUCGAAUUAUAGUCGUUUCGCGUUGUCCUCAAAACCGAUAAACGUCACUUGAAGAGCCAAUUGUUCACAUUCUCAAUCCAAAAUUGCACAUUAGUGCUAGAGGGUGUUGAGUGUACCAUUAGGACCCACUUAGGAAUCGGGAAUCCGGAAUCACGAGUAUCCCCAAUUUUCAGAACAAGCUCAUCAACAUCGGCGACAAGAAGGUCAAGCUUCAGGUACACCAUCAUCAUCACCGUCUAUAAUUUCUUCCUUGACUACCUGUCGUUUCAGAUCUGGGACACCGCCGGACAAGAGCGUUUCCGUUCGGUGACCACUUCGUAUUACCGUGAUGCGGACGCGCUUCUUCUCGUUUACGACAUCGCCAACCGCUCGAGUUUCGAGAACUGCCGCGUUAGUCUUGUAAAGCUCUUCACACGAGUGUUUUCGUAAUUUCAGAACUGGCUCUCUCAAAUCAAAGAAUACGGAAAAGAGGCGGUACAAGUGACUCUUGUUGGCAACAAAUGCGAUUUGCCACGUGCUGUUGCGGUGGAAGAGGGAAGAAAGUUGGCCGAGGUAUUCGGCUAUACUUUCAGUGCAAUCCGUUUCAAGUGGCCUCGUUGAUCUUUGAGAGCAUUCCUUUACACGCGCGUUGUCCUAAGUAUAGAACCUCAUCUUGAAAUGAGAUUGACGUUUACGUUUCUUCUUUUCCCAUUUGACCCUACCCUAAUGAAUAAUUUCUUGCGUUGGACGUCCGAAUCCAAUUUUUGGUACGUUUUGUGCGCCAUCUCUAAUGAACAAGGACGCCAGCAGCUUAGCGGCAGCAGAAAAAAGUGACAUCAGCGUCUGAAAUUUGAGAAGACGUUGAGUAGUAGAGGCGCAGUACAUACAACACGUUUCGAGUGAUUAUUCAGUAUGUGCAUAGAGCUACACGAAAGGAAUUAUUUAAGAAGUCGUACUUUUCCGGGACAGACUUGAUGAGUUCUAGCGAGCAGGAAUGCGUCAUUCUGUAGAGACUGAACUGAAUAACCGAAUAGAUACAGAGCACAGAGAAAAAGUUAAUUGGAUCCAAGAAUGAAACAUUUUGACGAAAUUUGAGGAACAUUGCUUCUAAAUUAAAUGUCUAUUGAGGCUUACAUUUUCAGGCAUACGUCAUCCCGUUCAUGGAAACAAGUGCCAAAACAGGAUUCAAUGUGGACCGAGCAUUCCUCGGACUCGCAGAGUAAGCCAUCUCGUACCUGUCAAAGAUAGGCACCGAUAGUGGAACGGCAAACAGAAAACGAAAAACCGCCAACUUUGACAAACAUUUCAAAGAAGAAAAACUCUUUCGUGACCCCCAAUGAGAACUGUCGCCCAGUCUCGCUCACAUUCAAAUGAUUUCAUUCAGACGAAUGCUCAAACUGAAGUACGGUUUUGUGCCGGGCGGUGAAAUGGCAGAUGUUAUCUCCAUAGCGGACUCGCGGAAACCGGAUGUCUCCAAAUGCUGCACUUACAACUGA